GAUCUUUCACAUCUCCCACUGAGAGGCAGCAGCGGCCGCAUCCGAUUCAUGUGCGACAACACAUUGCACGGAGCAGUCUGUAGUCGCAGGGGGGCGAAAAGCGCUCAGUCUGGAUCGAGUUCAGUCUGUGCGAAACCGCUGGCUGAGCAAAUCGCUUGUCUCUGCUCCGAGCGCUCCAUCCGGUGUUUGGCGAAGAGAGAGCCGCCCGGCACCAUAAGAAGAGUAAACGAAUAAGCGCUCCAGCCAGUCUGUACGAGAAUGAGCGAUCCAACCGGCGCAUGAGUUCCUGAGAGCUGUUGUCUGUAGCCAAACACCGACUGCAGGGCGAGCAAUCAUGGGCACAUCAGAUCCUCCUCUCACUCCACACUGAAAUGUCAAUAGGAACAAACACUGAGGAGCACACGGGCACUGCCGGAGGGUGGCGUUACACAUCAGUUACCAGAGGGAAAGAGAAAGGAAGAUUUGUGCUUUACACAGAAGGUUUAUAAAUACAAGAUCCUUCCUAAUAUCAUGGCCCGCUACAUUAGUAAGUUCACUGUCAUGUUCGUCAUACUUUGCACUUUUGGCUUCUUUUUCUUGGACUUCUAUGGUAAAUCCAAAUUUCUGGACAGCUGUACAACAAAGAAAGUGCAUGCUAGGCAGUUCCUUGCGAGUAAAUCUGAGGUGGAGCUGACCCAGGAUGAAAAGAAUAAUUUAAGCGAAGAGAUUGAAAGGAAAAAAGAGAUUGAAAGGAAAAUAACUAUCGUCAGAGCAGAAGCAGAACAUUUAGCUAAGUCCCGUCAAAAGCAACUAGUCCAAUCAAGAUGGGGACGAUACAAUAGGUAUGGAGUAUGGAAUGAGCACAUGUCAUCAAAAGACAUACUACCUAGACUGCAGGUGGUGAAGAAGUCGUACCAAUCAAUGAACAAAUACAAGGUCAAAUUUCAAGGAAAACCUGGUCAGUUAUGCACACCACAAGAACUGCUGUGUGCAAUAAAAAAUAAGGUGAAUAUGAGUACCCUUGUGAGAGCUGACCUUCCCCAAAAUGCCUCCUCCUGGAGCCAAUACUUGCCCAUAAAGACUCUACAGGAGGAAAUCAAAAGCCUGGGGAAAUGUGCUGUGGUGUCAUCAGCAGGAUCCAUCAAAUACUCAAGUCUUGGACAGGAGAUUGAUGCCCAUGAUGCGGUUUUGAGGUUUAAUGCUGCUCCAACUCGAGGUCAUCAAGAUGAUGUCGGAACAAAAACUACAUUCCGUUUGCUGAAUUCACAGCUUGUUUCCCGUCCUGAGCUUAAAUUCUUUGAAGAUCCUCUGUAUAAGGAAGGCACCUUACUUAUGUGGGACCCAUCACAAUACCAAGCAGAUUUAGAUCAGUGGCACAGGAACCCAGACUAUAUGUUCUUUGAAAGAUAUAGUACGUAUCGGAGGAAGAACCCAGACCAGAUGUUCUAUGUCCUAAACCCACAGGCUGCCUGGCAGCUGUGGGAUAUAAUUCAGCAAAACUCACCUGAAGACAUUCAUCCGGGCCCUCCUUCAUCUGGCUUUUUAGGGAUCCUGCUGAUGAUGAAUCUCUGUAAUCAGGUGGAUGUUUAUGAAUUCCUGCCAUCCAGACGUCAGACUGAUUUCUGUCACUAUUAUGAGAUAUAUCAAGAUCGUGCCUGCACCCUGGGGGCCUACCACCCUCUCAUGUAUGAGAAGAACCUGGUGAAAAAGCUCAAUCUUGGAGACGACAACAGCAUAUAUCACUUUGGAAAGGUCACAGUUCCAGGACUCAGGGGGCUGCAAUGCUAAGUAAGAUGGAGCAAAGGAUGUGGGGAAAAAAUUGGUUUCUUUGCACCAUAGAAGAUAAUCCAUUAAAAGACAAUACCACUAGGAGAGAACACCAUAGCUACCUGGAAGUGCCGCUACUAAACAAAUGUAAGACAUGGUUUGGUUGUUACAUUUCAAUGAACAAUUCACCCUAUGCACAGUCUUCUACCCGGGAAGUCUACUUGGAAAACAAAAGCCUUUUGUAAAUAGCUUUUCCUUUUUGAGAAAAUUGGAAUAUUUUAUCUCAGGGAGUCCUUGUUGAAGUCCUGUGAGAUCCCAUUCGGUGAAUAACACAUGGAUGUUUUGAUUGUUACACUCUUAAAUCGACAGGACAGAUAUUUGUGAUAACAAUUUAAUUCGGACAGAGCAGGUUCACAUUGUAAAUGUUGCCCUAUUAGGCAAAGCAUUGCUGGAAAUGAGUCUCCUAGUGAUCAUAUGUCAGCAUAUGUAUUCUGACAUACCUGUUCUAAAUGAUUGUCAGUUUUUGGACCCAGUAAGGCAAAAGCAUAUAGGUCCUUUUGGGAACCUGUCGGUUGUGUCCACUAAACAAUUCUCCUUUCUGUGGAUGUCUGGAGAACCAUAGAACCAUAGACCCUAAAUAGCAGCCCCUUUACUAUUUGCAGGAUAAAAUACAGAUUUUGGAGAUGGACCCUGAUUUUGGCCACGCACAAAAUUCUAACACACAAUGAACUCAUCUAGCUGGACAUGUUUACUCGCAUAGUCGCUGAAGCACCAGAUCAUUUACCCAUAGCAACCAACAAUCGAUUUUUAUACAGUGUACUGCAAGUAGCUUUUGUAAUGGAAAAGCUGAUUGGUUGCUGUGAUAUUAAUGCACCAGGGCAAAUUAACACCUAAAUUAGUCUAGAAGAAACACAAUUUGGAUAUUUACUGUCACCAGGCCCAGACUGGCAAUCUGUGGGUUCUGGCAAAUGCCAGAGGGGCUGCUAUAAGGUCCUAUAGAAAGUCAGUAUUUAGUGGGCUGGUGGGGGGCUGUUUGGGCCUCUGUGUGGGCUGAGUGGGCCUCUAUGUACCUGAAAUGCCAGGGCCUAUUUUAAUUCUCAGUCCGGACCUGACUGUCACCAUGAGAAGCCCCUUAGCAUAGUACAGGUAUGGGAUCCGUUAUCCGUAAACCCCUGAUCCAGAAGGAUCCAAAUUACAGAAAGGCUGUCUCCCAUAAACUCCAUUUUAUCCAAAUAAUCCAACUUUUUAAAAAU